UUCGUGUAAUGACGGUGUUAUAAUGUAACCUAACCAUGAAUAGUUUAGGUUACUUGCUACAAGAAAGGAUUUUUUUUUGCCCGAAGAAAUGUUAUUAUUCUCAUUAUGAGAUUUAAAUUUCGGCCAUAAAACAUAUGAUAAGCAAUUUCCAAAACCCAGAAAUUUUAUAAUGCCAUCUUUGGCAUGGAUAUUUCACUUUUAUCUCUCUCUCUCUCUUUACUAGUUACUAGUAAAAACUAAUGUGCUCACAGCAGAAGCCGAGUAGAGAGUAUCUUCAUCCUAAACACCACAAUCGCCACGUGGCGGGCUACAGAACCAAUGAAAUAACACCUUAUCCUAUCUCUUAUCUUACUCGCACCAACACCACCAACAUUAUCUAUCUCAACACAUUCACCACACUAUACUUUUGUAAUAAGAAGAAGCAAAAGGAUUUAGACCCAGUUUAGUGAUCAAGAAAAAAGGAAAAUAAAAUAAUAAAAUAAUCAUGGCGUCCUCAUUACAAGCAGCUGCAACACUCAUGCAGCCGGCCAAGUUCGGCGGCUCCACCAGAAGCAGCCUCCAUCUCCGACCAGUCGGCAAAUCGUUCGGCUUCGAGCCGGCCAGCGCCAGCAAGGUGUCGUGCUCGCUUCAGACUGAUGUCAGGGAGUUGGCCCACAAGUUCACUGAUGCUGCUAAGAUUGCUGGCUUCGCUCUUGCCACGUCAGCACUUGUCUUCUCGGGAGCCAACGCUGAGGCAGUCCCCAAACGGCUAACCUUCGACGAGAUACAGAGCAAAACGUACCUCGAGGUCAAGGGCACCGGCACAGCCAACCAAUGCCCCACGAUCGACGGUGGAGUCGAAUCCUUCGCCUUCAAGCCCGGCAAAUACGACGCCAAGAAAUUCUGCCUCGAGCCCACUUCCUUCACCGUCAAGGCCGAGAGCGUGAGCAAGAACUCCCCUCCCGAGUUCCAAAAAACCAAGCUCAUGACCCGACUCACCUACACUCUCGACGAGAUCGAGGGCCCGUUCGAAGUCUCGCCAGACGGGACCAUCAAGUUCGAGGAGAAAGACGGAAUCGAUUAUGCGGCAGUCACGGUUCAACUUCCCGGAGGGGAAAGAGUCCCCUUUUUAUUCACCAUAAAGCAGCUCGUUGCCUCUGGAAAACCCGACAAUUUCAGUGGGGAGUUUUUGGUCCCUUCUUACCGUGGCUCGUCUUUCUUGGACCCCAAGGGAAGGGGGGGGUCAACUGGGUAUGAUAACGCGGUGGCGUUGCCAGCUGGCGGGAGGGGAGACGAAGAGGAGCUCGAGAAGGAGAAUAACAAGAAUGUGGCAUCUUCGACUGGGAAGAUUACGUUGAGCGUGACCAAGAGUAAGCCGGAGACUGGGGAGGUGAUUGGGGUGUUUGAGAGCGUGCAGCCUUCAGAUACUGAUUUGGGGUCAAAGGCACCUAAGGAUGUUAAGAUCCAGGGUAUUUGGUAUGCGCAGCUCGACUCGUAAGAAAGACUUGCUGCACGUUCAGGAGUGGAUGACUGCUACUGCUACUGCUAUUGCUGCUACUCUGUUGCAAAACAGUCGAUAAUUAUAUUGAGAUGGGGAACAAUAACAGUAUAAGGUAAAAAAACAUAAAAAAACAGUGAAAUGAGUUUAGAAGGCAUUAGCCAUUGUAUUAAGACAAACCAGGUAAUUGAUAAACAGAGAUUGAAGUCACUUGCUAUAUAACAAAUGCAUCUUCG